AUGGGUGUUAUUAGAUUUGAAGCUCUGGGAGUUCUCUGGGGACGGAGAAGGGUCGGAGGCUCUCGAGAGGGGGCGGUGCCUUCCCGCCGACGCCAGCCCAGCACUCGGGCGCCACCGCGCGUCCCGCGGGCCGCCCUGCAGCUCCGGGACACCGUUUCAGACUCUGGGCCGCGCGGCGCGGGGUGCGGGGUCCCGGGCCCCCAGGGUCUGGGCGGAACCGACCUGCUCCAACCUUUCGCGGGAGCCGGGAGUGUGCGCUGCGCGGCGGCGGCUCCGCGGUCGGCCCCUCCCGGGCUGGGUAGGAGAGAGGAAGCCCCGCUCGGCGCCGUCUAUGUGCUUCUGCAGUUUGGGAAGGACCGGGUUUUCCCGGGAAGGAGCCCGGCUCAGCUGUGUCGACCCUGGGACGUCUCCUUUCCCUUUCCUUCUAGAAGAAACAGCGUGUCCGAGCCUUCCGUAGGCAAAGGCGCUCGUCACCCUUGGUUCGUGGUGACUUUAAAAUGUGAAGUACGAGGACUCGACAGGCCGAUGCUGACCUGGGCGGACCUGCGCUCGCCCACAGCCUGCGAGGAGACUCAGCCCCGCGCCCACAGCACGGAGCCCGGCCCUUCUACCCCUUCCUGCGAGCCUGAUGAGCCUCCCGGUUUUCGUCUGGCUCGGAUAAGGAAGCAUCUUUCUGCUGGCCGAGUCCCUUCAUCGCCCCAGCACAGCUUCCAGAACUCAGGGGGCUUCUGGAGCAGAAUUCUGGAACUCCAGGCUCGGUAGGAUGGUUAUGGGCGCAACGUUGUUGAAGCCACGCCAUCCAGAGUCUAUAACCAAGCAUAUCUGGUGGCGUGGUCUUCUCCUGUGAGGCUUUGAAGACUUGUGCUUUGUUGAAGGUAAAGCUGGCCUGUGGCUGAUUGCAGAUGCUUUCGGGGAAGUGAAGUAAAACAGAAUGACUAUGUAUAGAUGUCAGAAGAUUUAAAGGGGCCGUAAUUAAUUUAUUACUUAACGAUUUUCCAAAGCAAGAGAUCUGGUGAGAAUUCAUAACGAGGAGACCGCCACUAAGGAGUUUUGGUUGUUUCUGUGAUACAAAAACGAGAUGAGAAAGCCAAUCCAAAAUAAGUUUUAGACAAAAUAGCUACCGACAUAGUGAUCUACCAUAUUUUCAAAGGAGAUAGAAAACACCGCGUGGGAUUUAUAGCAGUGGAUGAACGUAAUUCCCACAGAGAAAAAGUCUUGAAACAGACAUAUAAUAAUCCUGAGACCUAAUAUGCUGCAGAUAUACAAGUCACACAGUAAGAAUAAUAUAUCAACAAUAUGAGACAGUUGUGGUAAGUCUGGAGUAAGUUCUACAUAGUUAGACAUUAAUUAGACUCCAUAGGCAAGUGAUGUAAAUCCCAUUUGAAAUUCAGAAGCCCAGAAGAUGCUAGAUUCGAAUUGAAGAAGUAAAGUUGCGACCAAGUAAACGUUGAAAAAAAUAGCUAAAAUUCUGACUGAUGACACUUCACUACUGUUGUCUAAUAUCAGAGAAAACAGCACCAGGACUUUCUAUGUUGGUGGAAACAUGUCAUGGGCAGUAAGAGCACUGAUCAGUCUCCAGGAAUUUCCCAUUCGGUGUACAAUUUCCGAAAUAUUUAUAGUAACGUUUUAGCCAUGCAAAUCUGACUUAGGGAAGCCUAGGCCUUUCUCCUCCUCCUCCUCCUCCUCCUCCCCUUCCUCCUCCUCCUCCUCCUCCCCCCCCCUCCUUCUGGCAUCCCUUCUGAUUUUCACCUCUUCCUGUGCAACUCAUCAAUAAUAGCCUAUCAAAUAGCCCUGGUUCUCUUCACUCUCUGCCUUUUUGCAAGGGGACAGAACGCAUCGUUGGGAUUUUCCAGGCACCUUCGGGGGACGUCUCAACCACAGGUGUAGGUGGAAACAGUACCUUGAAAGUUUUAGUUGACAUUUAGGAUUCGAUUGGGGGAAGGCAAAGGUUAAAACCGAUCAGAACAUUUGAACACUUAGGAGAGGAAACAAACCAUGAUUGCUGGAGAACUUAGGUGGUUAUUGGUUUCAAAGUUACAAUAAAACAGUUAAAACUAAGCACAGAAGGUAA